UCAUGUCGUCUGACGAAGGAAAGCUGUUUGUUGGAGGGCUCAGCUUUGAGACAACCGAGCAAAGUCUGGAAGAAGUGUUCGGUAAAUACGGACACGUAUGUGAGGUGGUUGUGGUGAAGGAUCGGGAGACCAAGAGAUCCCGUGGCUUUGGUUUCAUCACCUAUGAAAAUUGUGACGAUGCGAAGGAUGCCUUGCAGGGGAUGAUGAAUGGAAAGACUGUGGAUGGACGUCAGAUUCGUGUUGAUCAUGCUGGGAAGUCCUCCAGUGACAGGCGAGGAGGCUACAGAGGCGGCUCAUCUGGAGGAAGAGGGUUCUUCCGUGGAGGUAGAGGUCGUGGUGGUGGUGACCGUGGUUAUGGAAGCAGCCGGUUUGACAGCAGAAGUGGAGGCUAUGGUGGUGGAUCCCGGGAUUAUUAUAGCAGUGGCAGGAGUCAAGGAAGUUAUGGUGAUCGCUCCUACAGAGACAGUUAUGACAGCUAUGGUAAGUCAAAGCAGAGGGGUGUAAUGUGA